AUGAGCGAGGCCAGGGAUGGAACCCGGAACCUCAUGGUUCCUAGUCAGAUUUGUUUCUGCUGCGCCACGACAGGACCUCCCCUAUAGGCUGCUUUCUAAAAUAAGUGUGUCUGAGGAAGGGGGAGGGGUGUGGGAAGGGCCACCCAGACAGAAGGUCUAGAAAGCCCAGCUCUGAUGGAGCUGACACGGCGGCAAAGAGGCUGGGCCGGAGGACACGUUCUGCAGAAGGUCAGGAUGACCUGAGCCGUCUGCCGCCUCCGGGAAGGACGGCAUCGGGGGCUUUUCUGCCUUGGAUAAACGGGAGGUGCUGCUUUGAUUCUCCUCUUCUCUCCUUUCCCCAUUUUCAUGGUCAAAGUCCAUUCUCUAUAAUCUUUGCUUGCAGCCUCUGGCACUAGAGACCUGACAGGUGCAACUGGCCUAAAGCUGCCUAGAGGGGAGGGGCAUAUAUUCCCAGGCUUGGCCCCUAAACAUGGUGGGUGGCAGGAGGGGUCAGGAAACCAGCCCAAAACAUGGUAAGGAGUGCCUUGGGGCAGUUCCAGGGAAAGAAGGCCUGCCCUGGCUCUGCCCACGUGGACCCUACCCUGAAUCCAGGCUGGCCACUCGCUGUGUGUGUCUGUGUUUCCUCUCACUUUUCCUGGCACUGUUCCUCAGGCAUAUGUAUUAUCUCAUUUAAUCCUGAGGUCAAUGUCGGGAAUACUGUGACUUGCCCCAGAUCUCACAGUCAGUAAAUGAAAGACCCAGACCUCGAACCAUGUCUUCUUUCUCUUUAUUUUAUUUAUUUUUAUGUUUUUUUCUUUUUUUAAUUGCUCAAAUGAAUUUCUCACGUCUGUAGUUGUAUAAUGAUCAUAACAAUCUGAUUUCACAGGAUUUCCAUCCCACAGCCCAAGCACAUCCCCCCACCCCCCAAACGGUCUGCCCCGGAGACCGUAAGUUUUUCCAUGUCUGUGAGUCGGCGUCUGUUCUGGAAGAAGUUGUCUGUCCGUUUUUCAGAUUCCACAUGUCAGUGAAAGCAUUGGAUGUUGCUGUCUCAUUGUAUGGCUGACUUCACUUAGCAUGAUAGUUUCUAGGUCCAUCCAUGUGCAAAAAGUGCCGGUAUUUCUUUUAGAUUCUGUCGCCCUCCUGCCUCGCUCAUCCAGUGUGUCUCACGUCUGGAGAGCUCCUCGAGAGGCAGCUCCCAGUGGUUCCCCUGUGGUCUCCGUGCUCCCUCUUAGGCAAGUGCCCUCCGUAUAAGCCCAGAGCUUCGCAAAGGGGUGCCCCCCUCAGAGACCUUAAGGCGCAUUUGUCUCUUUGAUCCGUAGGUGGAUUUACUCGUUGGUGAUAACAGAGAGUUACUCUUCCGCUGUUCCCGGGCGAACUUCUCUGGUUUGGGGCCCAAAACACAUACCCAGGUCCAGUGGAAGUGACUGAAGCAAGCUCUUCGGCGGUGAAGCAUUCUGUAGAGAGAAAAGGGGACUUCUACCUCCUUUCCUGUUCCCUAAGGUCUGGUUUUAGCUCUCCGGGGCUGAGCUCAGCUGCUCUCAGUAACUCACUUGCUGGGAGAAGAGAGGUCACUUUGGAGCUCAGCAGUGAGUGGGCGCCAGGCCCCGAUUUGGACUUCCUGGAACUGCUGACCAAUUUCUCCCACCCUGGCCUUCGAACGCUACAAGUCAAGAAAUUUUCUCCGCAGGCAGGCCUUGCCCUGAAAGAUCCAUAGAAAUGCUGGAUUUUGCCUCCGUUGUUAGCAGUGGUGGGCCUGCUGUGCAGCCAGAGUCCCAAGGCACAGGCAAUUAGAAAUCCAUUUCCCCCGUGUAACUUGUGUCUUGUAAAUCUAGCAAGAAGAAAGGAGGUCUCAAGAGCUACUUACAGGAAAGCUACUCUUCUUCCAGCCUUGAUAACACCCAGCUCUACCCAUCUUUUUUUCCAUCUUUUUGCCUUUUUUAUGGCCGCACCUGCGGCAUAUGGAGGAUCCCAGACCAGGGGUCGAAUCGGAGCUGGACCUGCUGGUCUACGCCAGAGCCACAGCAAUGCAGGAUCCGAGCCGUGUCUGCGACCUACACCACAGCUCAUGGCAACGCCAGAUCCUUAACCCACUGAGCGAGGCCAGGGAUUGAACCUGUAACCUCAUAGUUCCUAGUCGGAUUCGUUAACCACUGAGCCAUGACGGGAACUCCCUCUUCUUUUUUUUUUAAUGGCCGCAUGGAUGUUCCAGGGCUGGAAAUCGAACUCAUGCCUUUGCAGAAACCCAAGCACCACAGGGGGAGCUCCUCAGCCAUACCUAUCUUUUGCUGUAGCUGCAAGAGCAACCUAGGGCCCCAAACUUCCUAGUUUAGAGGCCAUUUCUAGUUUCAGAGAAUUGCUGCGGGUGUACUUUAUCCACAACAGGACCCCUCCUCUGCAAGAGGAGAAAUGAAGUGCUACGUGUGUGUGCUACUUUUUUUUUUUUUUAAGGCCUGCAAGUGAGGCACAUGAAAGUUCCCAGGCUAGGGGUCGAAUCUGAGCUGCAGCUGCCGGCCGCAGCCACAGCCACAGCCACAGCAAUGCAAGGUCCGAGCCACAUCUGCAACCUAUGCUGCAGUUUGCAUCAAUGCUGUUAACUGGCAGGGCACGGCCAGGGAUCAAACCUGCAUCUCAUGGACAUUAUAUCUUGUUCUUCACCCGGUGAGCCACAGUGGGAACUCCUACGUAAGCUGCUUUUAAUGUGUAAGCACUACUUGGCCAACAGCAUCAUAUGUGUAUUAGUUCCUCCACAGGCAUUUUGCUGGACGAAUGGACCAAUGGAAGUGGCAAACCCACUAGGUGUUCACCCCCUCAGCCUAAAAGGCCCCCUUUCCCAGGACUGAGGCCCUGGAGAGGAUGUUAAUUGACACAAGUUUUCAAAAAGCAGUUUGGCAACGUGUAGCAAAAGCCUUAAAAAUGUUCAUACUUUUGAUCCAACACCCCCGCUUCUGGGAAUCUGUCCUAAGGACAUUCUCCAAAUGAUGGAUACGGAGACUGCGUAGUAACAUGAAAUGUUUAUGAUGUAAUCAUAAACAAGUCUGGAAGAACUGACCAAGAAAUUGUUGUAUUAGAGGAAUGGAUUUAUCAGAGAUUCUUGUUCUCUUUCUCAAACUUUACACACCAGUGUACUGGUUUUACCCUCGUCUGCCACUCGGGGUUCAUCAGUAGGGACCUGGCAGAAGCAGCACUCAGAUGGGACGGUCGAUAGACGCUUAGUAAAGGGACUGUUCCCCACUUCCAGUCCUUUCCAAGACUGGUUUCUGCACCUCCCGCAUGACUCACUCAGCGUUCCUGAGCACCUACUUACUGCCUAGUGAGGGAGGCAGACUGCCAAGGACAUCGACUGUAUCACAAAUGCAGUAAUAAAUAUAUAAAUGAGUGACCGGGGGCACGAGGAGAGAAGCAACUAUGUUAGGAGCGCGGUGAAUAAAGGAAAGCUUCAAGGGAUGCACGUUCAGUUUUGAACGUGGCCCGCCGAAACGGAAGGGCCACAACCUGCACAGAGGCAGAAGCGGCCGCGCUGGGUUUAGGACGUUCGCUGUGGCUCUGCAGGGCUGGAGGGAACGCUGGGCGGGUGCGAGGAGCUGGUUAGAUCAUGCCGGGCCCUGCGCUCCCAGUGGGCUGGGAGUCUUGGAGCGCUCAUCAGGUCCGCAUCUGAGGGCGAGGACUCUGGCCUCGGUGGGGGGAUGGACUGAGGGAGCGAGAACGAGGCAGGAAAGGAGUCUUUGGGUCUCGGCUGGGUCGGCCAGCAGACACCUUUUCUCAGCAGGGUCUCUCCCGACUCCGCCGGCGCACCGCCCCUCCAGGACCUCCCUGCCGCCUCCUCCCCGAGGGCCCCGCGGGCGGGCGGGGGAGCGCGGCGAAGGGGGCGCUGCCUGGGUGGUCUCCCGCCCCCGUCCCCCCCCCCACCCAGCGGCUCCGUUGCCUAGCAGCGAAUCCGGCCGCGCGGCUCCGGGUAAUUUGCCGGCAGCUCAGCCAAUGGGAGGGCGUAGCCAGACCCGCUCCCUUUUUCUGGGACUCCGGCCGCCGCCUCGGCAGUGCUGCGGCCACCUCGAGCCGCGCCGGGUGUCGCGGGCCGGUAGCUGUUCCCGCACGCGAGACCCCCUCCGCCUGGGGCCAGCUCCGCCCCGCGCUGCAGCCGCUCACAGACGCCGCUGCGCAUCCGCAUCCGCGCCGAAGGGCCCCACUGAUUCCUACGCGGGCCCCGCGCUACGCGGGCCCAGGCCAACCUAUGGGGGCGCCAAACAGAUAAUGCGAACUGGGGGCGCCCCUGCUCCCCAUCCCCUCCCGUAUGGCUGGACCGCCACCCCUCGGGGAGCUACCCCCGGGCUACGCAUCCCCAGAUGGAUCUGCAGCACCCCAGAUCCUAGCUGGGAGCCUGAAGGCUCCCCUCUGGCUGCGUGCUUCCUUCCAGGGCCUGCUCUUCUCUCUGGGCUGCGCGGUCCAGAGACACUGUGGCAAAGUACUCUUCCUGGGACUGUUGGCCUUUGGGGCCCUGGCACUGGGCCUCCGCGUGGCCGUCAUUGAGACAGACCUGGAACAGCUCUGGGUGGAAGCCGGCAGCCGGGUGAGCCAGGAGCUGCAAUACACCAAGGAGAAGCUGGGGGAGGAGGCGGCGUACACCUCGCAGAUGCUGAUACAGACCCCGCGCCAGGAGGGGGAGAACGUCCUCACGCCCGAGGCCCUUGGCCUCCACCUCCAGGCAGCCCUCACCGCCAGUAAAGUGCAAGUGUCCCUCUAUGGAAAGUCCUGGGACUUGAACAAAAUCUGCUAUAAGUCUGGAGUUCCCCUAAUUGAAAACGGAAUGAUCGAGCGGAUGGUCGAGAAGCUGUUCCCGUGCGUGAUCCUCACCCCCCUCGACUGCUUCUGGGAGGGAGCCAAACUCCAAGGGGGCUCUGCCUACCUGCCGGGCCGCCCCGACAUCCAGUGGACCAACCUGGAUCCGGAGCACCUACUGGAGGAGCUGGGCCCCUUUGCCUCCCUCGAGGGCUUCCGGGAGCUGCUGGACAAGGCACAGGUGGGCCAGGCCUACGUGGGGCGGCCCUGUCUGCACCCUGACGACCUCCACUGCCCGCCUAGUGCCCCUAACCACCACAGCAGGCAGGCUCCCAAUGUGGCUCAGGAGCUGAGCGGGGGCUGCCACGGCUUCUCCCACAAGUUCAUGCACUGGCAGGAGGAACUGCUGCUGGGGGGCAUGGCCAGGGACCCCCAAGGACAGCUGCUGAGGGCAGAGGCCCUGCAGAGCACCUUCCUGCUGAUGAGCCCCCGCCAGCUGUACGAGCACUUCCGGGGCGACUACCAGACCCACGACAUCGGCUGGAGCGAGGAGCAGGCCGGCACGGUGCUGCAGGCCUGGCAGCGGCGCUUCGUGCAGCUGGCCCAGGAGGCCCUGCCUGGGAACGCGUCCCAGCAAAUCCACGCCUUCUCCGCCGCCACCCUGGACGACAUCCUACACGCCUUCUCCGAAGUCAGCGCCACCCGUGUGGUGGGAGGCUACCUGCUCAUGCUGGCCUACGCCUGCGUGACCAUGCUGCGGUGGGACUGUGCCCAGUCCCAGGGAGCUGUGGGCCUUGCCGGGGUGCUGCUGGUGGCCCUGGCGGUGGCCUCGGGCCUCGGGCUCUGUGCCCUGCUCGGCAUCGCCUUCAAUGCUGCCACUACCCAGGUGCUGCCCUUCUUGGCACUGGGAAUCGGCGUGGAUGACAUAUUCCUGCUGGCACAUGCCUUCACAGAGGCUCCGCCUGGCACCCCUCUCCAGGAGCGCACCGGUGAGUGUCUGCAGCGCACGGGCACCAGCGUCGCGCUCACGUCCAUCAACAACAUGGUGGCCUUCUUCAUGGCCGCCCUCGUGCCCAUCCCUGCCCUGCGGGCCUUCUCCUUGCAGGCGGCCAUAGUGGUCGGCUGCAACUUCGCAGCCGUGAUGCUUGUCUUCCCGGCGGUCCUCAGCCUGGACCUGCACCGGCGCCACUGCCAGCGCCUUGAUGUGCUCUGCUGCUUCGCAAGCCCCUGCUCUGCUCGGGUGAUUCAGAUUCUGCCCCAGGAGCUGGGGGAUGGGACAGUACCCGUGGGCAUUGCCCGCUUGACUGCCACCGUUCAAGCCUUUGCCCACUGUGAAGCCAGCAGCCAGCAUGUGGUCACCAUCCUGCCUCCCCAAACCCACCUGGUGCCCCCACCUUCUGACCCUCUGGGCUCUGAGCUCUUCAGCCCGGGAGGGUCCACACGGGACCUUCUAGGCCAGGAGGAGGGGACACGGCAGAAGGCAGCCUGCAAGUCCCUGUCCUGUGCCCACUGGAAUCUUGCCCAUUUCGCCCGCUCUCAGUUUGCACCCUUGCUGCUCCAACCCCAUGCCAAGGCCAUGGUGCUGGUACUUUUUGGGGCUCUUCUGGGCCUGAGCCUCUAUGGAGCAACCUUGGUGCAGGAUGGGCUGGCCCUGACAGAUGUGGUGCCUCGGGGCACCAAGGAGCAUGCCUUCCUGAGCGCCCAGCUCAGGUACUUCUCCCUGUACGAGGUGGCCCUGGUGACCCAGGGUGGCUUUGACUACGCCCACUCCCAACGCGCCCUCUUUGAUCUGCACCAGCGCUUCAGUUCCCUCAAGGCCGUGCUGCCCCCACCGGCCACCCAGGCGCCCCGCACCUGGCUGCACUAUUACCGCAACUGGCUCCAGGAAAUCCAGGCUGCGUUUGACCAGGACUGGGCUUCCGGGCGCAUCACCCGCCACUCGUACCGCAAUGGCUCCGAGGAUGGCGCCCUGGCCUACAAGCUGCUCAUCCAGACCGGGGAUGCCCAGGAGCCUCUGGAUUUCAGCCAGCUGACCACGAGGAAGCUGGUGGACCAGGAGGGGCUGAUUCCACCCGAGCUCUUCUACGUGGGGCUGACCGUGUGGGUGAGCAGCGACCCCCUGGGUCUGGCAGCCGCGCAGGCCAACUUCUACCCCCCGCCUCCCGAGUGGCUGCAUGACAAGUAUGACACCACCGGGGAGAACCUUCGCAUCCCGGCGGCCCAGCCCUUGGAGUUCGCUCAGUUCCCUUUCCUACUGCGCGGCCUCCAGAAGACCGCAGACUUCGUGGAGGCCAUCGAGGGGGCCCGGGCAGCAUGUGCUGAGGCAGGCCGGGCUGGGGUGCGUGCCUACCCCAGCGGCUCCCCGUUCCUCUUCUGGGAGCAGUACCUGGGCCUGCGACGCUGCUUCCUGUUGGCCAUCUGCCUCCUGCUGGCGGGCACUUUCUUCGUCUGCGCCCUGCUGCUGCUUAGCCCCUGGACGGCUGCCCUCAUCGUGCUGGUCCUGGCGAUGAUGACCGUGGAGCUCUUUGGCAUCAUGGGUUUCCUGGGCAUCAAGCUGAGCGCCAUCCCCGUGGUGAUCCUGGUGGCGUCUGUGGGCAUCGGUGUCGAGUUCACUGUCCACGUGGCUCUGGGCUUCCUGACCGCCCAGGGUAGCCAGAACCUGCGGGCUGCCCGCGCCCUGGAGCACACAUUCGCCCCGGUGACCGAUGGCGCCGUCUCCACGUUGCUGGGUCUGCUCAUGCUUGCUGGUUCCAACUUUGACUUCAUCGUCAGGUACUUCUUCGUGGUGCUGACAGUCCUCGCGCUGCUGGGCCUCCUCCACGGGCUGGUGCUGCUGCCUGUGCUGCUGUCCAUCCUGGGCCCCCCGCCAGAGGUGACCACACCCGCCUUCUGCUCCCGGCCCGCAGGAUGGGGCGGGAAAGGCAAGGGGAGGGACAGAGACAGGACAGGGGGCGCUCAGUGGCCAACAGACGGGGCUCAACUCACAAGGACACCUCCCCAUGAGGUGCCACCAACUGAAGGUGGCAUCCUCCCCUUUUGCCCAGACAGACAACAUGUCCCUCUCCCCCAGACUCCUUCAAAGACCCACCUUAGCCUUUCGGGGUCCCGAGCAGGGUGCAGGGUUUGCCCCAGGCCCAACAUCCUGUCCUUGAUCAGCUCUCACAUCCUGCUGGAAGCCACCGGAGGACCCCAGGAGCCCGAGCUCACUGGGGCUGAUGUCUCCCCUGCCAGGUCGUACAGAUGUACAAGGAGAGCCCAGAGGUCACGAGCCCCCCGGCUCCACGGGCAGGAGGGCUCAGGUGGGAACUGCCACCCACCUUGCCCGAGAGCUUUGCCAGAGUGACCACCUCCAUGACCGUGGCGCUCCGCCCACCCCCACUGCCUGGCGCCUACAUCCACGCAGCCUCGGAGGAGCCUGCUUGGUCCCCUGCUGCCACACCCGCUGCCAGCGGCUCCAGCAACCUCAGUUCUAGGGGACCGUGUGCAGCCACCGGAUGAAAGCAGCUAAAGCAUUGAGACCCUUUGGGGGCCCCAUGAAGUCACUGGGAAGCCCUGGGUGGGUGACUCAAGGCAGGGCAGACUCCUGGGGGGCCCUGCUGCUGCUGCUGCUCUCUGCCUCCAUCCCUCCCUUGACCCGGCCAUCACGGACCCCCGUCGUACCCACACAGACCUACCACCCUCGAGGCUGCUCACAGCCUCGCACGCACGGGUCCUCUGUGCACGUGCUGUGUCUGGGUCGGGUAAAAGCCAGCACUUCAGGCUGCAGGGCAGGCCUGCCCCCCUCCCCACCCCAGGCUGCUGCCCCCAGCAGACCCAGCCUGAGGCACCCUCUGCCAGUCCUGGUCCCCCACUGCUUGGUGACUCCUGGAUAGGCGCGCCACACCCCCGCCCACAUCGCACCACAUAAAUUAUUUAUAUGAAGAUGUUUAUUUUUGUAGUUGAUAUAGAUGUUAGCUAUGCUGAAAGUUUUAUUUUUAAAAGAGUGAAAUAUAUUCUAUACGAACUCAUCUCAAAUACCUUUGGUGCUGUUCUUUCCGCUGGAGCCGUGAGCUUGCGAGGUCCUGGGCUCCUCUCGCCCUUGGUCGGUUUGCCACCUGGCAAGUGGAGAUGCUCACGCGCUUGGUAACAGCGUCUGGCUGAAGUGCUUGGCGCACAAAACGACGCGAACGUCUUUGGGGUCAGACCCCACUGUGUGUUUUCAGAGCCAUCAUAAUCCAGCCCUGCACGUCUCUUCACUCAUCCCCACUUUCCUGUUUCGGCAGCAUGGGGGGAUGGGCAGAGGACCACUGCCGUGCAGCAGGGGGGAGGUGAAGGGGAAGCAGAUGGAGAAAGUGGCUGAGGUGUCCCCCUGUGGUGCAGUGGGUUAAGAACCUGAUGGCAGCCACUUGGGUCCACUGCAGAGACAUGAGUUUGAUCCCUGGCCCCGAAUCUUCCACAUGCCACAGGUACAGACAUUAAAAAAAAAAAAAGAAAGGGAGUUCCCACUGUGGCU